AUGAUUGGAAAAAAAAAAAGGCCUGUUGAUGACCUGUCACGAAAGAAAAGGACCGUAUUUGCAACAGGUUUGUCUGGUUUUGUCUUCGCUCAGUUCUUGCUCUCAAGUUUAUAUAUUGCUCUAGCAACUCUGCUUUGUGUGUGUCUGGUUAUUAUCUUCUUCCUCAGUGCUUCCUCUGUUUCAAUUUGUGCGCGCGUGGCACCUCUCUUGCAGACCUACGAGAAAUCGAUCUUCACCUCAGACUUUCACUCCAUUUACGACACUUCCAAGUAUGGUAUACUUCAGCUCAACAACGGUUUGGGUCGGACGCCUCAGAUGGGGUGGAAUAGCUGGAACUUCUUUGCCUGCAAUAUUAAUGAAACAGUCAUUAAGGAGACAGCUGAUGCACUUGUAUCAACGGGUUUGGCUGAUUUAGGUUAUGUGUACAUCAACAUAGAUGAUUGCUGGUCUUCUGCAGCAAGAAAUUCAAAGGGUCAACUGGUCCCUGAUCCUAAGACUUUUCCAUCAGGAAUCAAAGCUCUUGCAGAUUAUGUACACAAAAAGGGGCUUAAGCUUGGUAUAUAUUCUGAUGCAGGGGUAUUUACAUGUCAAGUCCGACCAGGAUCACUUUUCCAUGAAGUUGAUGAUGCAGACACAUUUGCCUCUUGGGAUAUAGAUUAUUUGAAGUAUGACAACUGCUACAAUCUGGGCAUCCCGCCAAAAAAAAGAUACCCACCAAUGCGUGAUGCCCUGAAUGCAUCUGGACGUGCAAUUUUCUAUUCACUAUGUGAAUGGGGUGUCGAUGACCCUGCUUUAUGGGCAGGCAAGGUUGGAAACAGUUGGCGCACAACUGAUGACAUCAAUGAUUCAUGGGUCAGCAUGACAACUAUUGCUGAUCUGAAUGACAAGUGGGCAGCUUAUGCUGGUCCUGGAGGAUGGAAUGACCCAGAUAUGCUGGAAGUUGGCAAUGGUGGCAUGACUUUCCCGGAAUACCGUAGUCACUUUAGCAUCUGGGCAUUAAUGAAGGCUCCCUUGUUAAUUGGAUCUGAUUUGAGAAGUAUGAGUCAGGAAACAUAUUUGAUUUUCAGCAAUAGAGAAGUUAUUGACUUAAACCAAGAUUCACUUGGAGUUCAGGGGAGGAAGGUUCAAGUUUCUGGAAAAGAUGGUUGCUGUCAGGUUUGGGCAGGCCCUUUAUCUGGAAACCGAUUAGUUGUUGCCCUCUGGAAUAGGUGCUCAAAAGUUUCCACUAUCACAGCCUCAUGGAAUGUACUUGGGCUUCAAUCCGCAACUCGUGUUUCUAUUAGAGAUUUGUGGCAGCACAAGGUAGUAGCCGGGGACGCAGUAUCAUUGUUCAGUGCUCGUGUUGAUGUUCAUGAUUGUAACUUGUACACUUUCACUCCGUUGACUGUAUCUCACUCCGAAGAAUAGCUCGUUCUUCAAGUAAUUUCGUUGAAGGGGCCUGGCUGGUUUAGCUUCAUGCUAGAAGUCAGAUAAUAUCGAAGAAACCCAUGUGUUACCCAUUCAGGAUUCUCUGCCUUUUUGAGUGUUUUAUUACUCUUGGUUCUUGCCACUGGCUAUUUGGUCAUCCUUGUGUGAUAUGUUGGUCCGAUGUACAGAAGUUAAAAGUGGAUCGGUUGCCACUAUAUGCAAAUGCUCGAAUAAGGCAAUGCUAAGAUCUUAACGCUGAAAAAAUAUAUCAUUGUUUAUCUGUUA